UUAUUUUUUGUUGUUUCUUCUUGUUAAAACGCGCAUCCCCACUCAUUCCCAGUUUCCGAGGUUGUUGCCGGCUUCCCAAUUCACACCCUUUUCUUCAAUCUUCAUUUUCUGCGUUCCCUCAAAUUCACAGCCCCACUCUUCCCUUCAUAUCCCAUUUCCCAAUAUUCACCAAUUCAACCGUUGAUCUUCCUCUUUUCUUCACCGUUUCUUCUUUCUUCGCGUGAUUCACAAUUUGGGUGCUCCUUCUGUUUCUUCUCUCACCGUUGGAUCCAAUUAUCUAUCGUGAUUUCUUCCAAUUCGAAGUAAUAGGCAUUAGGUUCCAACGGAAUAAUGGUUUUUCUCAUGGUGAUGUUUAGGGAAGCAAGCUAUGUCGUUUGACUUUUGGUUUAAGAAGGCUAAUUUGUGGUUUUUGAAUGGAAAAGAAAAAGUUAGAUGACUAUGAACCAGGUCCUGUUCCUUCACCAAGACCAUUAGAUAGAUUUGGGUUUGUAAAACAGGAUGCUAAUACUUCUGAUGGCAUAGUCAAGAGUAGAUCAGCGUAUGAGUAUGAAAGAUAUAAGGAGGAGAGAAAGGUUAGAAAAUGGAGGAAGAUGAUUGGGGUUGGUGGCAGUGAUUGGAAGCAUUAUCUAAGGAGAAAACCUCAUGUAGUUAAAAGGCGUAUAAGGAAAGGAAUUCCUGAUUGUUUAAGAGGCCUUGUAUGGCAGUUAAUAUCUGGAAGUCGAGACCUAUUGCUGAUGAACCCUGGAGUUUAUGAGCAACUAGUCAUAUAUGAGACAUCAGCCUCUGAACUGGAUAUAAUUAGAGACAUUUCUCGGACCUUCCCUUCACAUGUAUUCUUUCAACAGAGACAUGGACCUGGGCAGCGGUCCCUCUAUAAUGUUCUAAAAGCUUACUCGGUCUUUGACAGAGAUGUAGGAUAUGUUCAGGGGAUGGGGUUUUUAGCCGGGCUUUUGCUUCUUUAUAUGAGUGAGGAGGAUGCAUUUUGGUUGUUGGUGGCAUUGCUGAAAGGAGCCGUUCAUGCUCCAAUGGAGGGCUUGUAUCUGGCAGGGUUGCCUCUGGUACAGCAAUACCUCUUUCAAUUUGAAUGCUUGGUGAGGGAGCAUCUACCAAAGUUGGGAGAGCAUUUUUCCAAGGAAAUGAUAAAUCCUAGUAUGUAUGCAAGCCAGUGGUUCAUAACUGUAUUUUCAUAUUCCUUUCCGUUUCAUUUGGCUCUUCGAAUCUGGGAUGUCUUUCUCUAUGAGGGUGUUAAAAUUGUCUUUAAAGUUGGCUUGGCCCUAUUAAAGUACUGCCAUGAUGAUUUGAUUAAACUACCUUUUGAAAAACUGAUACAUGCCUUGAAAAACUUCCCUGAGGAUGCAAUGAAUCCAGAUACGUUGUUGCCAAUGGCUUAUUCCAUCAAGAUAUCCAAGCGUUUAGAGGAAUUGAAACAAGAGUAUGAGAAGAAGAAUGGAAAGAUAAGACGAUCAGGAGAACUUGCUGAAAAGCAAAUACUUCCUAGCAACUGAAGCAGGAGCAUAUGCAGACAGCAUUUGUAAGACCUGUAGAACCGUUGUUCAAGUUGAGAGGAAGACCUCCCAAUGAAGGGCUCUGUUGUUGUGAAAAUCAUACCGGGUCAUGUUCUAUGCUGUGGCCAUAUGUUGCAUACUAUGUACAGUUGUUUUAGUUGCUCACUCUUAGCAACUUCGGUGUUAAGACUUAAGAGGCUUCAAUGAAGAUGAAAAUCUAUUGCAUAUCUAGCCACUGAUAUGGGCUUCCUUAUUUUAUUUUCAUCUCUAUCAAUAUGUUGUUUAAGAAUUUGUGGUUAUUGUUGUUAUUAUAAAAGGAGAAAAUACUCUGUUGUAAAAAAAUUGUCUUUUUUCAGUGAAAUUGUGAAAAAAAUUUAGUUUUCA